AUGUCCCUCCUCUUCGAUCCAAAUUACACGAUCCUUACUGAAGAGAGAAGCUGGAAGCUGUUUAACCAAAUUUUAGUAGCUUCCCAGAUUUUUGGAGGCCUAGCGAUAGUAUGCGUGGCCAUCUGGAUGGGAAGCUAUGGGGGCUAUGGCUGGACCGAAGAUCCGGAACGGGAAUUCCACUACCAUCCGACAUUUAUGGUGAUGGGAAUGGUAUUCCUAUAUGGAGAAUCGAUCAUCAUCUAUCGUGUCUUCAGAAAUGAAAGGAAAAAGUUCACUAAAUUACUUCAUGCGGCUCUUCACUCAAUGGUACUCAUUUUCAUGAUCAUCGCCUUGAAAGCCGUAUGGGAUUCACAUGAUUUGCAUCGAGGCCCGGAUGGAGCCUUGGAUCCGCUUCCAAACCUGAUUUCCCUUCAUUCCUGGAUCGGUAUCACUACCGUAAUCGCGUUUUGCGGACAGUAUGCCCUCGGCUUCAGCUCAUUCCUAUAUCCUGGACUUUCGAUGACAACCCGCCAGAUUAUCAUGCCAUUCCAUCAACUCUUCGGCCUUGUUAUAUUUGGGAUGGUGUCGCUGACGGUUGCUCUUGGGAUUUCUGAGAAAGCCGCCUGGGCUCAUACUUGCUGGACGAAGGGGAAAGAGAUGUGCGGGCAGCAGUUGGUAUCGAAUUUCGUGGGAGUAUCGGUCUUCCUAUAUUCGCUCUGCAUCGUCAUCUUGGUCGGAAAUCCACGCUGGCGCCGUAAGCCCCUACCCGAAGAGGAAAUGCUUCAUGGGAUGAAUAUGUCAUCAAGCCGCGAUCCAAUGGAU